GCGUUUGAUGGCGAGUGCUGGAACUACUCGCGGACGAGGUCAUCCUUGGAGAGUCUCGUCGCUGAGCUCCUGAACGGUGAGAUCCCAGGUCUAAAAGAGGUCGGUACCUGGUACAAGACGCCACAAGGAUGCUACGCUCCGGUCUCGGCGCGUCCGUCCUAUCUCCGCAAGGAGGACCCCCGCUUGGAGGCUGCCUCGACACUGGGCUUGGCUCUGAGAGCUUGCCAGAUUGUCAGCCGCCAGGUGCUGCAGGAGGACCUGCCAUUGCAGGAUGUCUGGCUGCUUGCAGCCCCUGUUGCCGAGCGUGUGCUCAUGUCAGCACCGGGCAGGCCCUGCACCUGGGAUGAUAUGGCCGCCCAGCACGACGAGAUCCAGUCACAGGAGGAGCUCGCGCCCACGAGGGCCGUGGAGGCUGGUUGGGCCUCCAGCCGACCCCUUCCCGGGCCACUUUCCCCGCCCGUGGAGCCCAUCGUCACGGAAGCAGAGGUCGGUUGGGUCUCCAGGAGCCCCAUUCCUGGGCAGAUGCCUCCACCAGCGGAGCCGGUCGUGACGGAUGGAAAGUCCUUGGCCGCUGCGGAGCCGGUCGCGAUCGAGGCCAAGGUCCGGAGCAGGUUGGAGCCUGCUGCAGCCCCGGAGUCGGGGGAGUCCGUGAAAGAGAUCUGCAGCCUCCUUCGUGCUACCAUGGAGGCUUUCUCCGGCUUGGCUGAGAAGCUGAGCCCGCAGGAGGACUCCGGACUUGCGAAGAGCCCCGGAGCGGCGAAGAGCCCGGGACCGGCGAAGAGCCCCGGAGCAGCGAAGAGCCCCGGAGCGGCGAAGAGUCCCGUCUUCGCAACCAUCUGUGCAAGGACCCGCUUCGGCGAGGAAGUGACG